AUGAAAAAUUCAUCGUCUUCGACAUCCUUGUUUACGCCAUCUCUUAAAAGUGAGGAAGCAGAAGACUCUAGAAUAAAUUUGAUGAAAAGAAGGAGGCAUUCGAGUAGAAUGGGGUCAAAUAAUGGCUUAAUUUUAGAUAAGGAGUGUAAUAAGAAAAAUAAAUCUUUUGAUUUACCAACAAUGAAGUCGCGUAAUAUACAUUCUAAUUCUAUAUCUUCUGAUGAUGAUGGAACACCAGAACCUCCAUCACCAGCUAAUACACCUAUAGCAACUGAUCCAUGUAUAGUUUGUGGUGGAAAUAUGAAUUCAAAAUAUCCAAUUCUAUCGUGUGCCGGUUGUCAAAAUUUAUAUGUUGAUUGUUACGGAAUAACUAAUGUUAAACCAAUGAAUAAGAUGUGGCGUUGUGAUCCAUGCUUAAAUAUAAGAAUUCGAUGUGCAAUAAAAAAAUGUUUAUUAUGUGAUCAACCAGAAGGAACUAAUAAUUCUUUGAAAAGAACAAAUGGAAACAAUUGGGUGCAUGUUUUAUGUAGUGCUUUUAUUCCUGAUGUUACCUAUUAUGAUGCAAAAAAAUUAUUUGUUGCAAUGGAUGUCGAUGAUAUAGACAAAGAAUAUUGGAAUGCAGUAUGCACAAUAUGUAAAUCUAGUGCCGGUGCCUGCGUUAAAUGUUCGUAUUAUGAUCAAUGUAGAAAUUUUUUCCAUGUAACAUGUGCUCGAGAAGCAGGAUAUAAUAUUGGAUUUGAAGUUAAAUCUUUUAAUGAUAAUAUUGGUGAUUCCAAUUCGCCAAAAUAUGAUAAAGUUCAAACAACAUUUUCAUCAAACAAUUUUAACAAAGCUAUAAAAUUGUUAGGCAUGCCUGUUCACUGUUUUGGAAAUGGUUUGGAUGGUGAGAUGAUAGCGACAAUUAGUUGCCGUGAUCAUGGAAAUUUACCUUAUAACUUUGUUGGAUUGAGCACAAGAGAUUUGUAUACCUGUCAAUCGGCAAUCUAUGUUUAUAUCAAAGAGUAUAAACAAUAUGAUACGUCUUCUCGUGAAAGCAAGAUCAAAAAAAGAUACAAACUUACAGUUCCAAAGAAAAUAACAGAUUUUAUAGAUUUACAAAAGCCAUGGUUUUCUAGAGUGACCGAGGGUAUGGACAUUGAUAGUAUCGAAGCUAUGAUUAAAGAGGAGGAGAAGAAUUCUACUGCAAUGAAUAUAAACCAAAUGAUGUGUAAAGACAAUGAAUACUCCAACGAUAAUCAUCAGUUAAAGAAAUCCAGAAUAAUAUCAACGUCGUCACCACCUUAUAAAUGUAUGAAAUGUUCUAUAAACAAGUCAUUAAAAUGGUGGCCAGAAAAUUGGAAGUCUUUAACCAAAGAUUCUAGACACAAAAUCAGCGAUUUAAAUAAUGUCGUGUGUCAUAUUUGUUACAUCAAAGAACAUAAAGCUUCGAAUAAUACUAAUAUUGUUAAUAGUCAUUACCACAAGAGGUCUGUUGAAAAGAACAAUGGAAUUCAUAAAAAAAUAAAGAAAUAA